CCGAGCAUGCGCAGUGCGGACAAUUUCCCUCUUGAGCAUGCGUGGUGAGGUGAUCGUCCCCCACAGAGCAAGCUGCUGGCAGACACGUGAAGGUCGCUCCCGGCGGCGAGCUGUGUGCCCGGAGCCCGGCAUGGAGGCCUCGUCCCCCGCGGGCCUGGCCGCCACUGACCCUCAGUUACAGCAUUUCAUCGAGGUGGAGACCCAGAAGCAGCGCUUCCAGCAGCUGGUGCAUCAGAUGACCGAGCUGUGCUGGGAGAAAUGCAUGGACAAGCCUGGGCCCAAGCUGGACAGUCGGGCAGAGACCUGUUUUGUGAACUGUGUUGAACGCUUCAUAGAUACCAGUCAGUUUAUUCUGAACCGGUUAGAGCAGACACAGAAAUCCAAGUCAGCCUUCUCAGAGAGCCUGUCUGACUGAGCAGGGCAUGAACUUCUCUGUUCCCUUAAUACAGAGAACUGCACAUCAAAUGGGAGAGAGAGGAAAAGGAAAGCGGCUGAUGGGACAGCUAUAGAAGACAAGCCGUGGGGAGGUUGGCUCCUUCCUCUAUCAGAUUCUAGAGUGCCCUGUCAUCUGAAUGAGCUGAGAUCAGCUUUUUGUUUUGUCCUUUAAAAUGCCAAUCUUGUGAAAAUCACAGCUAGACAAGAGAGCCUGUAACAGAUGCAUAUUUACUACUCUA